AUGUCUGACUUAGGUAGAAAAGAUUUCACUGACAAAGUUCAAGAAAAAGUUACUCCACAAGAUCAAAAAUCAUACAUUGAUCAAGCAAAAGAAGGUAUCACUGAUGCUGCUGAUAAAGCCUCUAGAAACUUACAACCAGAAGGUGCCAAAUCUGAUACUCAAAAAUUAGGAGAUUCCGUUCAAAAAGGCCAUGAUGAUGCUAAAAGUGCAAACGCUAAACCUUUGAGCGAAACUGCUGGUGAAUAUGUCGAAUCUGCUAAACAAGGUUUGAACCAAGCUGCUGAAUACAUUUCAAACACUUUGACUGGUGCUAAAGAA